AUGGCCCUGGAGGAGGAGAGUGAGAGAAACUCUAAGGCAAUGCCUGCACGGCUCAUCGUUGAGGGUAUGACAUGCAGGAAGUGCGUCGGGCGGGUGGAGAAGGCGCUGCGAGUUAUCGAUGGCGUGAAGGAGGUGCGGGUGGAGCUGGAAGGGGGUAGGGCGUACGUGGAAGGAGGAGCGACGUCGGAGCUUGUAGGAGCGGUGAUAGCGGCGGGGUACGGAUGCACGGCAGUAGAGGGGGUAGAAGGAGGGGCCGGGGCCGGGGCAAUGAGUGGAGGAGGAGGAGGAGGAGGAGGAGGAGGGGGAGGAGGAGGAGAGCAUCGAGGAAUGGAACAGACGGAACGGACUUCCGACAGUCAGAAGGAGCAUAGUGACGUUUGCUCUGCUACGUUUUACGUUCCAGAUCUGAGAUCGGAGGAUGUGGUGAUCAAGUUGAACAAGCUUCUAUCCUGCCUCCAGUCUUCCUCCUUCCCCGUUCGUCUUCCUCCCUCCUCGACCGACUCUUCCCUCUCCUCCUUUUCCUCCUCCUUCCAUCCUCCCUUGAAAGUGACUGGCUAUGACAUCAACCGUCACACCCGCACCGUCACCAUCAGCUCGUCGUCCUCCCUUGACAAGAGUCUUCUGCUCAAGACGCUGGAGGAGCAUCUGGCAAGCCCUGUCUGCCUGCUCGGCUCGACUUGCCCUGAAGAGAGGAGGCGCUUCCAAGUCGAAGGGAUCACGUGUGGGGCAUGCGUGAGGAGGAUCGAGCAGGGGCUGAAGAGGAGCCCAGCUGUGCGAGAUGUGACGGUGUCUCUGGCCAGCAGCAUUUGUACAGUGAAGCUGGAAGCG